UUCUCAAUUAUUCUGAGACCAGUAAGAAAUAAUACUUACAGGCCAAUUUAAAAUAUGGGAAUUCGAUUCGUAACCUCAAAGCGAAAUCAGAAUCUAUGGGAAUCACAACUUCAUACCUCGCAUGAAGCAUAGCCCCAUGGCCGUCAAUCUCAGUACCACCGCUUCUCUUCACCCAAAACCUUCCUUUCUUGCCAGGAAACGUAAUUCCGUCCUCAAAUUCUACCCUUCUUCUUCUUCAACCAGAACUCAGGCUCAGUCACAAGGGACUGAGGCUGGAGUUGCAGAGGAAGAUUCCCCUACUGGAUCUUUGUCCUCGGCCCGCACACAGCUUGGUCUCUUGGAGCAACUUACAUCAACUAGCUCAUCAGUCAGUGGUUAUGAAAGUGAUGGCAGCUCUCGCAAACUUACGAUCCGCGAGCAGCUUGCACAGUUGAUAGGAGACAGAGACGACGAUUUCAGCAUUCCUUUGGGUAAAAACUUGAAGAAAGUGAGUGCCAAGUUCUUGACCAUUUCACAAAAGAGAAAUAUAAGGAGACAAGCUUACUUAAAUGAAGUUUCUCAAAGGAAUGAUUCGGUAUUCUUUGCCACCAUAGGAGCUUUUGUGAUUCUUCCACCUAUUAUAAUACUAGGAAUUGCUGUGUUAACUGGAUAUGUACAGCUUUUUCCAUGAUGUAUGUUGUAUAAUAUAAUGGCCACAUAAUAGAAUAUCUUUGAUUAUCA